AUGGACCCGUCUGAUCCCGAUUUCGAAUACCUUGGUGUAGACCGCAAAGCCCUCCUGAAGGAAGCCGAAGCUGGCAGCUUCGACUCCAAAAGCGUUGCCUGGGUGGAGGAUGAAAAGGAAGGCUACGUUAUGGCUGAUAUUGUGGAGACUAGCGGUGAUACGGUCACGGUUAGGCUUAAGGAUGGAAAUACGAAAAAAAUCAAGAAGGAUGACAUUCAACAAGUUAAUCCGCCCAAAUUCAUCAUGGCGGAGGAUAUGGCUGACCUGACGUACCUCAAUGAUGCCUCUGUGCUGGAGAAUCUGCGUGCUCGUUACUAUCACAAGCUUAUCUACACGUACUCCGGUCUGUUCUGUGUCGCUGUGAAUCCCUACAAGAGGUAUCCGAUUUACUCCUACGAGGUUGCGAUGAAGUACAAGGGAAAGAGGCGCGCUGAGAUGCCACCUCAUCUUUUCUCCAUCUCUGACAACGCCUACCACAACAUGUUGGCGGAUCGUGAGAACCAGUCCAUCCUGAUUACAGGUGAGUCUGGUGCCGGUAAGACGGAGAACACGAAAAAGGUCAUUUCGUACUUUGCCUUUGUUACCGCCAACCCUGCAAAGAAGGGUGAGGAAGUGGAAAAGAAGGGUAGCUUGGAAGACCAAAUUGUUCAGGCUAACCCUCUACUGGAAGCCUACGGUAACGCCAAGACAAACCGAAAUAACAAUAGUUCCCGAUUCGGUAAAUUCAUUCGUAUCCAUUUCGGCACGACGGGAAAAAUUGCCGGAGCUGACAUUGAGUUCUAUCUGCUGGAGAAGUCUCGUGUCACCUCACAAAUGAAGGGAGAGCGUAACUUCCACAUUUUCUACCAACUGCUCUCCGACUACGGCAAGAAGUAUCACGACAAGCUUCUGGUUUCUGCCGAUCCUGCCCUCUACUCCUUCAUCAAUCAGGGCGAGCUUACCAUCGACGGUGUGGAUGACGCGGAGGAGAUGAAGCUCACUGAUGAGGCUAUUGAUAUCCUCGGUUUCUCCAACGAUGAAAGGAUGUCGCUGUUCAAGUGCACCACCUCGGUUGUCAAUAUGGGUGAAAUGAAAUUCAAGCAGCGUCCACGCGAAGAGCAGGCUGAAGCUGAUGGCACGGCUGAGGCUGAAAAGGUCGCCUUCUUGUUGGGUGUCAACGCCAAGGACCUGCUCAACUCCUUCCUCAAACCGAAGGUCAAGGUCGGCAACGAGUUCGUGACUAAGGGUCAAAAUCUUGAUCAGGUCAACUUCGCCGUCAACGCUUUGGCUAAGUCCCUCUACUCGCGUCUCUUUACUUGGCUGGUCGCUCGUGUCAACAAAACGCUGGACACUAAAGUGAAGCGCCAAUACUUCAUCGGUGUGUUGGAUAUCGCCGGUUUUGAGAUCUUCGAGGAAAACGGUUUCGAACAGAUCUGUAUCAACUACACGAAUGAGCGUCUGCAGCAAUUCUUCAACCACCACAUGUUCGUGCAGGAACAGGAGGAAUACAGGAAGGAGAACAUUGAAUGGACCUUCAUCGAUUUCGGUAUGGAUCUGCAAGCUUGUAUCGACCUGAUUGAGAAGCCCAUGGGUAUCAUGUCCAUCUUGGAGGAAGAGUGCAUGUUCCCCAAGGCUACGGACCAGACCUUCAAGCAGAAACUGUACGACAACCAUCUCGGUAAGAGCCCGAACUUCGCGAAGCCCAAGCCUCCUAAGGCUGGACAGAAGGAGGCUCACUUUGAGCUUCACCACUACGCCGGUUCUGUGCCCUACAACAUAACUGGAUGGUUGGAUAAGAAUAAGGAUCCACUGAAUGAUACUGUGGUGAAUCUGCUGCAGGAAUCCAAGGAGACCCUGGUUGCCCACAUGUUUGCACCUCCUGAAGAUGGAACCAAGAAAAAGAAGUCAGGCUCUUUCAUGACCGUUACCUAUACACAUCGGGAGUCUUUGAACAAGCUUAUGAAGAACUUGAUGAGCACAAGCCCAAGCUUCAUUCGGUGCAUUGUGCCUAACGAGUUCAAACAACCUGGUGUGAUAGAUGCGCACUUGGUGCUGCACCAGCUUCACUGCAACGGUGUGCUUGAGGGUAUCCGUAUUUGCCGCAAGGGUUUCCCCAACAGAAUGGUCUACUCCGAGUUCAAACAACGAUACUCCAUUCUGGCACCUAAUGUUAUUCCUGCCGGAUUCGUGGAUGGAAAACAGGUGACUGAGAAGAUCCUCGACGCCUGUCAGCUAUCAAAAGACAGCUACCAAUGCGGCAACACUAAGGUCUUCUUCAAGGCGGGUACUCUGGCCGAGCUGGAAGACAUGCGUGAUGAGAAGUUAAACAAGAUUAUCUCCAACUUCCAGGCCCAAAUUCGAGGCUACCUCAUGCGCAAAGAGUACAAGAAACUGCAAGACCAGCGUACCGCCCUUGCUCUAAUUCAACGCAACAUUCGUAAGUACUUGAUCCUGCGCACUUGGCCGUGGUGGAGACUCUACACCAAGGUCAAGCCGAUGUUGAACAUCGCUCGUCAGGAAGAGGAGAUGAGGAAGGCCGCUGAGGAGUUGGCGAAAAUGAAGGAAGAAUUCGAGAAACUUGAAAAACUGAAGAAGGAACUAGAGGAGCAAAAUGUGACCCUUCUUCAACAGAAGAAUGAUAUCUUCCUCCAACUCCAAACCGAGCAGGAUAACUUGGCUGACUCCGAGGAGAAGGUGUCCAAGUUGAUCCUCCAGAAGGCUGACAUGGAACAACAGAUUAAGGAAUUGGAGGAACGCUUAAACGAUGAGGAGGACGCGAGCAAGAAUCUUGAGGAAGCCAAGAAGAAGCUUGCCGCUGAAAUUGACGAGCUGAAGAAGGAUGUUGAGGAUUUGGAAAGCACUCUACAGAAGGCCGAGCAGGAGAAACAGGCUAAGGAUAAUCAGAUUAAACAGCUCCAGAGCGAGAUGCAGCAGCAGGAGGAUCAAAUUGCUCGUCUGAAUAAGGAGAAAAAGGCUCUUGAGGAACAGAACAAGCGCACUACUGAAGCUCUUCAAGCUGAGGAGGACAAGGUUAACCAUCUCAACAAACUUAAGGCCAAACUUGAAUCCACCCUUGACGAGAUGGAGGAGAAUCUUGCCCGUGAGCAGAAGAUUCGUGGAGAUGUUGAGAAGGCAAAGAGGAAGCUUGAGGGUGAUCUAAAGUCCACCCAAGAAAAUGUGGAUGACUUGGAGCGUGUCAAGCGUGACCUUGAGGAGCAGCUGCGUCGUAAGGAUGCCGAGAUGGCCAACAUGGGAAGCAAAAGUGAGGAGGACCAGGGAUUGAUCAACCAACUCCAACGUAAAAUCAAGGAGUUGCAGGCUCGUAUUGCCGAACUUGAGGAAGACUUAGAGGCUGAACGCGCUGCUCGAAGCAAGGCGGAGAAGGCUCGCCAGCAGCUUGAAGCUGAGCUUGACGAGGUCUCCGACCGUCUUGAGGAGCAAGGUGGGGCCACUGCCGCUCAAAUGGAUCUCAACAAGAAGCGCGAGGCCGAGUUGAUCAAAUUGAAGCGUGACCUCGAGGAGGCUCGCAUUCAAAAUGAGCAACAAGUGCAGGCUUUGCGCAAAAAGCAAGCUGAUGCCGUCAACGAGAUCACUGACCAACUCGACCAGGCUACGAAACUCAAAGCCAAGGUAGAGAAGGAGAAGGGUGACUUGAAGGCCGAGUGCGACGACCUGCAAUCCCAGAUUGCCAACAUUACCAAGCAGAAGAUGAACGCGGAGAAGAACUGGAAGACCUGCGAGUCCCAGCUGGCUGAACUGCAAGCGAAAUUGGACGAAACCUCUCGUCAGGCCACCGACGCUGGCUCGCAGAAGGCUCGUCUCUCUCAGGAUAUCACUGAACUGCAACGCCAGUUGGAGGAGGCUGAAUCGCAGCUUGGCCAGUUGUCAAAGGCGAAGCAACAGCUGGCUAGCCAGUUGGAGGAGGCCAGACGCAAUCUUGACGAGGAAUCUCGGGCUAAGUCCAAGCUGACCUCCGAGGUUCGUAACCUGACCUCCGACCUGGAUGCUCUUCGUGAGUCCCUCGAGGAGGAGCAGUCCGCCAAAUCCGACAUGCAGCGCCAGAUUCAGAAACUGCAGUCGGAACUGGCUGCCGGUGUUGGCAAAGGCCAGGGCGACAUUAAGACCGAGGAAUUCGAGGAGAUGAAACGUCGUCUCACUGCGAAGUUGCAGGAGGCCGAAUCCGACGCCGAGUCUGCGAAGCAGAAGUGCAGUCAGCUGGAGAAGAUCAAGGCCAGAUUGCAGGGUGAGAUUGAAGAUCUUAUGGUCGAUGUGGAGCGCGCCAACGGACUGGCCAGUCAACUGGAGAAGAAGCAAAAGAACUUUGACAAGACUCUGGGCGAAUGGCAGGCCAAAUACGCCGAGUCGCAGGCUGAGCUGGAAAAUGCUCAGCGUGAGGGACGUGGCUACUCCACUGAUGUGUUCCGUCUGAAGGCCCAGUUGGAAGAGGCUAAUGAUCAGAUUGAGGCUGUCAGACGCGAAAACAAGAACCUCUCUGACGAGAUUCACGACUUGACUGAGCAGCUUGGAGAAGGAGGUCGCUCAGUCCACGAAGCUGAUAAGGCUCGUAAACGUCUUGAGAUGGAGAAGGAGGAACUUCAAGCAGCUUUGGAGGAAGCCGAAUCAGCCUUGGAGCAGGAAGAGGCGAAGGUUCAGCGUGCCGCUCUGGAACUUAGCCAAGUCCGCUCCGAAAUUGACCGCCGGCUAGCAGAGAAGGAGGAGGAAUUUGAGGCUACACGCAAGAACCACCAGCGCGCAAUUGAAUCGAUGCAGGCCUCUCUGGAAGCCGAGGUCAAGGGCAAAGCGGACGCGAUGCGUAUGAAGAAGAAGCUGGAGCAGGACAUCAACGAACUGGAAGUUGCGCUGGACUCCGCUAACCGUGGACGCGCUGAAAUGGAGAAGAAUGCGAAGAAAUUCCAACAACAGGUUCGUGAGAUGGAAACUCAAAUGGAAGAGGAUCAACAUGUUCGUGAUGAGCUUCGUGAGAACGUUUCAACAGCUGAGAGACGAGCUCAGAUGCUUGCUGGAGAGCUGGAUGACCUCCGCACCCAUCUAGAAACCUCAGAACGUGCUCGUAAGGCUGCUGAAUUAGAACGCGCUGAAGCCUCUGACCGUGCUUUAGAGUUGACAGCGCAGAGCGCUUCCUUUGCUGCCAUGAAACGCAAAAUGGAGGCUGAUUUGGCUGCCAUGCAGGCCGAUCUUGAGGAGGCAGCAAACGAGGCCAAACAGGCGGACGAGCGGGCAAAGAAGGCAAUGGCCGACAGCGCUCGUGUCUUCGAGGAGGUUCGUCAAGAGCAAGAGCACACCCAACACGUCGAGAAGGCUCGUAAACAGGCCGAGCAACAGGUGAAGGAGCUCCAAGUUCGUCUGGAAGAAGCCGAGGCUAACGCAAUGAAGGGUGGCAAGAAAGCCCUCGCCAAACUGGAACAACGCGUUCGCGAACUCGAGACCGAAUUAGACGCGGAACAGCGUCGCCAUGGCGAGACUCAGAAGAACUAUCGCAAGAUUGAUCGUCGUCUCAAGGAGGUCACGAUGCAGGCGGAUGAGGACAAGAAGAACUACGACCGUCUGCAAGAGUUGGUGGAUCAACUUCAGGGCAAGAUUAAGACGUACAAACGACAGGUGGAGGAAGCAGAGGAGAUUGCUGCGGUGAACCUGGCGAAGUAUCGCAAGAUCCAACACGAGGUGGAGGACGCUGAGGAGCGUGCUGAUCAGGCGGAGCAGGCACUGCAGAAGCUGCGUGCCAAAAACCGUUCCUCCGUUUCCUUGUCCCGUGGACCUAGCGCCACUCCGGCUGCCGGUGGUCGCACCGUUAACUCGCACACCGCUCGUGUACGCGCCAUGGCUGCCGUCACCGCGGAUCAUGAAGAGGAGGUUUUAAAUCAACUCCAUGAAACGGUCCGUCAACGAAACACACUAAUACCCACAUACAAAUGCCUACACUACACUGCACUCUGA